CUCCUAGUCUUCACAGAUUCGCCUUGUGCUAUGGCGAUAAAGAAUCACACUUUGGUUACAGAGUUCAUCCUAUUGGGCAUCCCACACACAGAGGGGCAGGAAACUGUGCUCUUUGUUGUGUUCUUGAUCUUCUACUUCUGCACUCUACUAGGAAAUUUGCUCAUCCUUUUAACUGUGAUGUCUGAUUCCCGCCUGCACACUCCUAUGUAUUUCUUUCUUUGUAACCUUUCCGUGCUGGACAUUGGUUUCUCUUCUGUGAGCACCCCAAAGAUGUUGGCCAACCUGCUAGUAAGGAACCGAGUCAUUUCCCUGGGUGGGUGCAUAUCCCAGGUCUUUUUUUACCACUUCCUAGGCUGCUCUGAGAGCUUGCUCUACACAGUGAUGGCAUAUGACCUAUUUGCUGCCAUCUGUCACCCACUGCGUUAUAAUAUCAUCAUGAACCACUGGGUAUGUGCCCUGCUGGCUUCUGGCACCUGGCUUAUUAGCUCUUUUCAUGCCACAAUUCUUACUACACUGACUUUCCGACUGCCAUACUGUGGGUCUAACGAGGUGGACUACUUCUUUUGUGACAUCUUCCCUGCAGUCAAAUUGGCCUGUGGUAACACCCUCCUCAUUGAGACAGUUAGCUUCAUCAACAUUGGCCUUGUGCCCAUGAUAUGUUUCCUCCUCAUCCUUGCCUCCUACAUCCUCAUCGUCAUUGCAAUCCUAAAGAUGCACUCUGCUGAAGGGAGGCGCAAGGCGGCAUCUACCUGUGUUUCCCACCUCUCAGUGGUCACACUGUUCUUUGGGCCCUGUGCCCUCAUCUAUACCCAGCCAUCUUUGAGUGAGGUGCUGGUAACCCCAGUGCAAAUCUUUGCCAAUGUAGUCACUCCCAUGCUGAACCCCACAAUCUAUACUCUGAGAAACAAAGAUGUCAAGGGAGCCCUGAAGAAAGUGGCUGGGGGCCAGAUUGCUUCAAAAGGAGGUCACUAG